UUUCCAGCCAGCUGUCAAACUGACAGCGUAUUUACGUCAGCCACGUUGGAACUGCCAACUCGGUGUUUUUAUGAUAAAUAUUUUAUUUUUCUCAUCUAAAUACCCGGCGUUGGCGAGUGAGGAUGAAGAUCAAGGAGCUGAAGCGGACGGUGAACGUGAGCUGGUCGCCGGCGGAGCAGGCGCCGGUGCUGCUGGCGGCCGGCUCGGCGGCGCAGCAGGUGGACGCGUCCUUCAGCAGUUCGUCGCAGUUGGACCUGUAUUCCUUGAAUUUGGAGGACCCUGGACUCGAUUUGGAACUUAAAGCCAGUCUGCAAACGCAGCAUAAAUUUCAAAAGCUAGUAUGGUCAGGAGCAGGUGUCAUUGUAGGGGGUUGUGAUGGUGGUCUCUUAGAGUUCUACAGUGCUGACAGACUGCUCAAGAAUGCUGACAACCCACUGCUGGGCAGUAACACUAAACACAACAAUCAUGUGUCAGCACUGGAUAUAAACCCUUACCAGAAGAACCUCCUGGCCUCCGGAGCCUCCGACAGUGAGAUCUUCAUCUGGGACCUGAACAACACCAGUCAACCCAUGGCUCCGGGCAAUAAAAGCCAGCCACUGGACCAUGUGCAGGCACUAGCUUGGAAUCAGCAGGUGCAACACAUUCUUGGCUCGACAUUUGCGUCCAGAUGCGUCGUAUGGGAUCUGCGGAAAAACGAGCCUAUUAUGAAAUUGAGUGACAACGUGUCCCGCACCCGGUGGCGCGCGCUGGCGUGGCACCCCGGCGUGGCCACGCAGCUGUGCGUCGCCUCCGAGGACGACGCCGCUCCCGUGGUUCAGCUCUGGGAUCUCAGAUUGGCUGCAUCUCCGCUAGUAACACUCGAGGGUCACCAGAAGGGCGUGAUGGCGUUAUCCUGGUGCCGUCAGGACCCUGACCUGCUCCUCUCAGCCGGCCGAGACGGUCGAGUGCUUUGUUGGAACCCUAAUAACACCCAGCCGGGUGGAGAGCUGCUAGUAGAAGUGGCACAACAAGAGCAGUGGGUGUUCGACGUGUCCUGGUGUGCCCGGGACCCUAGUUUGCUGGUGUCAAGUUCAUUUGAGCAGCAAGUCACUGUGCAUUCACUGUUGGGCGGUGGAGGCAGCGCGAGGCCGGAAACUAGCGGGCAGAGCCAGUCGAACAUCCUGGAGGCGUUCGGCGCGGCGUCGCUGGGGCAGCUGCCCGCCGUGGCGCGGCCGGCGCCGGCGCCCGAGCCCCGCGCCGUGCUGCCCCGGGCGCCCCGGUGGCUCCGCAAGCCUGUUGGAGCCAAGUUCGCUUUCGGCGGCAAACUGGUCACGUUUGAGAAGUGCCCUCAAGAAACUCCACAGAAGACCGUACAUAUUAGUCAGGUGGUGAGUGAACCAGAGAUAAUCGAGCUGGCAGCCGAGCUGGACGGAGUUCUCAGUUCCACUCUGAGCAACGAGCCGGGCGCCAUCGAGGCGUUAGCGCAGUACUGUCGGCAAAAAGGUGACGCCGCGAGCGAGCAAAAUGAUCGCUACACAUGGUUCUUCCUGCGAGCGAGCUUCUUGCCCAACUUUAGGAGCGAAGUCCUCAAUCUGCUGGGAUUCAAGCAAGACGAAAUCCCGUCUAAAUUCAAAAGUGGAAAUCUCGCCGACCAGACAGACCACGCUGGGCUGAGCCGGGGCGAGUCCACGGAGACCGACGCGGAACUCUCCACUGACACCAGCACUGAUCUUUCGGAUGCACACACACUGAUCGAAAGGAAAUUGGCAAAUUUGGAUCUGGAGCCACAAGCACAAAACGUCGUCAUUCCCAACGGAGAAGAUUCCACAAGUCUCAUCUGCCGCGCGCUGGUGUGUGGGAACCUCGAGGAGGCCGUGGAGCUGUGUCUCGAGGCCAAGCGGGUGGCUGACGCCCUCAUCGUCGCCUCUCUGGGCAGUCAAGAGCUCCUCUACAAAGUCCAAAAAUACCACCUGGCGCACUCCGGCCGAGACCCGGUGGCCCUAGUAGCCAGUAGCUUGCUGAACGGCCGCUGGGAGGCGCUGGUGUCUUCCUCGAGCCCGUCCUCGUGGAGGGAUGUAUUGGCUGCAUGUGUCACUCACACUGAGGGCGCCGAGUUACAGCAUUACUGCGAAAUGCUCGGCGAUCGCCUCUCAAAAGAAACCGACCCAGCCCUCGCAGAGGCAGCAACAGUGUGCUAUCUAGUGGGCGCUGCGGCCGACGCCUUGUUAUCUCGCUGGGUGGCGAGGCGGAGGGACGGGGGAGCGCACGCGCUGGCUAAACUGACGGAGCUGGCGCUGCUGAUGAGGAGAGCGGCGGCCGCUAGAGGGAGAGACACACAGGUGAGACAGAGAGAGCUAUAUGCCUAUGGGUUGUUAUCUCGCUGGGUGGCGAGGCGGAGGGACGGGGGAGCACACGCGCUGGCUAAACUGACGGAGCUGGCGCUGCUGAUGAGGAGAGCGGCGGCCGCUAGAGGGAGAGACACACAGAGGGAGAGACACACAGGUGAGACAGAGAGAGCUAUAGUGACCAGUGCCGAUGGGUUGUUAUCUCGCUGGGUGGCGAGGCGGAGGGACGGGGGAGCGCACGCGCUGGCUAAACUGACGGAGCUGGCGCUGCUGAUGAGGAGAGCGGCGGCCGCUAGAGGGAGAGACACACAGAAUGGCGGCAAACUAGAAGCAGUACUUACAGAAUACGCGGGACGUCUUGCGGCUCAGGGUUGCCUCCGCAGCGCCCUCAACAGUUUGGAAGGCGCGCCGCCCACCGAGCUGCACGAACGCCUCAACACAGCCCUGGGGCUCAACCCGCGCCGGCAGAGCCAUCAACAACAACAGCAAGGUAUGCCGCAGUUCGCGCGCUGCCGCACUACGAGCGGUCACGCCAAGCGCGGACAUCUCGUCGCACACAACGAUGUUUCCAAUACCUACAGCGCAGUUCGCGCGCUGCCGCACUACGAGCGGUCACGCCAAGCGCGGACAUCUCGUCGCACACAACGAUGUUUCCAAUACCUACAGCGCAGGUUAGCUCUCGCUAGUAUUGUGUUUAGUUGCAGCAACAACAACAGCAAGCAACAACAACAGCAAGGUAUGCCGCAGUUCGCGCGCUGCCGCACUACGAGCGGUCACGCCAAGCGCGGACAUCUCGUCGCACACAACGAUGUUUCUAAUACCUACAGCGCAGUAGCGCCAUCAUACGAGCCCAACCCUUGGGCGCAGCAACAGCACCCCGCGGCCCCCCUCCCCGCGCAGCCCUUCCCCCCCGCGCCCGCGCCCGCGCCGCCGCAACCUCCCCGUCCGGGCAGCGUGGGGCCACAAGCUGGUGGCAUAACCUCCAAAUCCAAAUACAAAGUAGACCCCUCUGUGCAAUCCGCGCCCCUCUACAACCAAUACAGCUUCAAUAACCCCCAGCCCCCCACUUAUGGCUUUAACAGCCCCCUUCCUGACCAAUACAGCGGUUCAACAGUCCCUAGCAGUGGUAGCUACACAUACAGCCAGCCUCUAAACCCGAGCCAGCUGAACCCGACGAACCCGAGUGUAAAUCCGAUGAACCCGAGUGUAAAUCCAUUGAACCCGAUGAACCCGAGUGUAAAUCCACUAAACCCGAUGAACCCGAGUGUAAAUCCUUUGAACCCGAGUGUAAACCCGAUGAGCCCGGCGCCAGUAGCGAGUCAAGUGAACGGCAACUACCAUCAGGAGCGGCGGCAGGAGGCGCCGCCUGGCUGGAACGACCCGCCGCCGGUUACUGCCAAGCCUAAGCCAAAACAAGAGGUCCAGCAACAAGCACCCAUCACCCACCCCCUAUAUGGAGUCGAACCCACACACGUGCCUCUAAACCCUGCCCAGCAAUAUCCUGGGCAACAACAGUACCCUGGACAACAAUAUCCUGGACAACAACAAUAUCCUGGCCAACAACAGUACCCAGGGCAGUACGACCAGUACCAACAGCAGCAGUACCCGCCUGUGCAGCAGUAUCCUCAGUCGGCGUCACCUUUACCGCCCGUGGAAGCAAAGCCCGCGCAGAAGGCCGAACUACCCGAGGAACAUAAAGUCAUGCAGAGCGUCUUUGAUGCCAUUAGGGCUGAGUGCUCUAAUAGAGCUGCCAACCCACAAAUGAAGAGAAAACUAGAAGAUGUCCAACGGAGGCUGGAAACGCUGUACGACCUGCUGCGAGAAUACCGGCUAUCGGAGACAGCAUUAAGCUCGCUCCACACCUGCGUGCAAUACGUGCAGUCGUCGGACUACGAGAAUGCACUGCACGUGACGACUUCACUCGCGACUGGCGCCGACUUCGCCGCCGCGGCGUCGUUCCUGCCCGGCCUUAAAACGCUGUUCCAACUCGCGGGCCAGCUGCAGGUCUACGUGCGAUGAGCGCCAAGAACGCCUAUGUGCGUUUGUCGUCACUGCCAAGAACGCGCAUGUGCGUUCACUUUGUAACACUGCAGUGAAUGUGUCAACCUAACAUGGUUCACGAUUCUAUCCAUAUAUAAGUAUGAUAAAUUAUUUCCAACAUAAUUAACUCUUGAACGCUACAGAACAAUAGCUGUCAAAUAUAAAAUUCAACCUUUUAAGUACCUAUUGAAAUUAGGUACCUACCCAACUCAUAUAU